GACGUCAUUUUGCUUUUGCCCUUUCGUAGGGGAGAGGGUAGAUGCGUAAUUGCAGCGAGCGCUGGCCAUUUCGUUGCCAUCGGCUCCGACGAUUGAACGCCGAUACGAUCACUAAUUGAUUGCUUGCCAUAGGAGGUGUUGGUCCGCCAGUUCGCCAUUUCUCCCCCCAUGGCGUCGGCGGAGCAGCCUCUGAAGAAGCGGAAGCUAUACGAACCCUCACUAGAGCCGCCGUCGCCGUCGCCGCCGCCUCCAGCACCACCACCACCAGCGCCAGGUCCGCCUCAACAAACCCUUGCUCAGGGUUUCUUACCCCCUAUUUUGACUCAGGAAGAAAUCCUCAGAAAGCGUAGAAACAAGGAAGAGAUUCGGAACUUAUACGACUGCUACAAGCGAAUUAGGUUUUGCGUCUCUCAAAAAGAUGCUCGCCUCAUGCCCGACCUCGAACAGACUUAUCUCGCUUUCAUCACUGCUUCCAGAGGUUGUACGAGUGUCCAACGUAUUGUUGCAGAUCUCAUUCCUAGAUAUGCAUCAUACUGCCCAACAGCUCUUGAAGCUGCUGCCAAAGUUGUUAUCAAUAUGCAUAACUGGAGUUUGGCAUUGAUAACCAGAGGAGAGGAUGCUGAUGGCAUCGCAUUUCAGACUGCAAAAACCUGUAUUCUUGGUCUAGCUGAUAUUUGUUGCACUGCUUCAGUGGAGGCACCAACAUCAUCUGUUAUCCGUGGGAUCUGUUCUGCAGUUUUUCUAAAUGUGUUGUCCUUCUUCAUAUCCUCUUUUGAGGGAAGGAAUAUCUUUCAGAUUGUUGAUAAAGAAAUAAUAAAGAUUCAAGAUUCCACUGAGUUUUUUUUUGAGCUGCAGCAAAAGUUUUCAAAUAAAGAUGAAUCUGCAUUGGUGAAAUUAUCCAAGUUUCGUGUACUGAGCCUUCUUAGAAUUUUCUUUUCUUGUCCGAAAAAUUCACUUGCAGCCUGUUUUGAGCUUUUCAACUCCACUUCUACAGAGGGUUUAAAUAGAGGAGGGCAUUUCUUUUUAAAGCAGGUGACAAGCAAACUUGAUGUUGAUGGCAUGGAUCAUCUUCCAAACAGUGAUGGACCUGAGUCUUGUACAAAUUCUAUCAAGAUGAGUUCAAAAGGCAAUGAGGUUAGCAACGAGGGGUUAGGAUCAGAUGGCAACCAUGUUUCAGGGGAUGCAUCUCCUUUUCUGAAGAAUUGCUUGUUGGGACUGGUUCUUCAAAAAGAUUCCACAUUGAGAAGUUGGAUAUCUUCAAGGUUCAAGAAGUUAUCCAAAUCAGCAUCUACUCAAGCUGUAUCAGAAAUUACAUCUGCUCUAGAAGGAAUUUUUGAAUCUUUUACUGAACUGGUUAGUGUAGAAGAAUGUCAGUUAGAUAAUGAUGAAGAUUGUUCUGAUCCAUCCAAAUACAUUAGUCCACAAUAUUUGGUGUCUAGGAUUUCUAAUCAACAUGAAACCUCUUAUGAAAUAUCUGGAAAAGAUUCUGCUUCAAGACUUAAUGAUCGAUCUUGCAAUGAUGGUUCAAUUGACAAAGUUUCUAGUCAAUAUCUGAAAUCUCGUGGCUCAGUGGUUUCUCUUGAAACUGAGAUCCAAUCAAAUUUAAGUUCUGAACACAAUAGUGGAGGCUCAAGGUCCAGGGACUUUGAGUCUGGUGAGCAGGGAGAUUCAUCCCGUGGCAGGUCAUCCAUGCCCAGUGACAUGUCAAGCAACCAGUUACUAUCACCUAUCCCAAGAAAAUCAUUAGAUUUCAGAACUGAUUCAUUUGAAGGUAAAAACCAUCUCAUCCAAGUUGAAAAUAGUCGAGCUUUGAACAUGGAUUUUGGUUUGCCUGCUUUGAGAUCCUCUAGUGGAGGUGUAAAUAAUGCUUUGACAACUCAUAAGCAGUGUUUUGGUGCACCAUAUUCUUUGGCAACAAGUCAAAUUGUUUGGUAUUCUGAUUGUGAUCCUGCAGCCAUGGAUAUUUUUUCAGCUUCAAGACAGCUCUGGUUAGGCUCUUUAGGCCCUGAUGCGUCUGAAGCUCAAGUAAGGUUUCAAUUUGAAAAGUUUGGUCCUAUAGAGCAGUUUUAUUUCUUUGCGAUGAAAAGAUUUGCAUUAGUUGACUAUAGAAAUAUCAUGGAUGCUGUGAAGGCUCGGGAGUAUAUGCGGGGGCGUUCCCCUUGGGGAGCCAACCUUAUCAUUAAAUUCUUAGAUGUAGGAUUGGGAACUAGGGGUGCUGUGCAUGGUGUUGCAGUUGGUUCUAGUUGCCAUGUUUAUGUUGGAAAUGUUACAGGUCCAUGGGCCAAGGAUGAAAUUCUGCAUGAAUCAAUGAAAUUGGUUUACCAGGGCCCUCGUGCGGUUACUGAUCUUACUAGCGAAGGUGCAUUACUGAUUGAAUUUGAGACUCCUGAAGAAGCUGCCAGAGUGAUGGCACAUCUCAGGCAGCAUCGUAGGGAAAGUAGUAACUACCAUUUACCCCAGAAUGCUGGCCUAGCUAAUACCACAGGUUGUUAUAUGGAUGGCACACGACCUGUGCCUGCCCUUAUGUAUGUUGAUGUUAGAAGCACUAACCCUGCAAUGCCUAAUAAUGUAAUUGGUUCACCUCAAGCUCAGAUGGUGGAGGGGAGCCCUGCUGACAGCUGUAGGACAAGGCAAAUGUCUCAUUUAUCUUCCAUGCUUUCAUCAUUAUGUACAAAAUAUAAUAUUCUUCCCAACUCAAGUUAUUCUGGCAACCAUAUGUCUGGAAAAUAUCAAACUACUGCCACAAGGGAAGAAGAUAGAUUGCCGACCAAUACUGUUUGGAUAAACCUAUCCAACAGUAGCUCCUCAUCCCUCGCUGAUGAUGAGCUAAUGGCCAUCUGCAAUGUUGCUAUUGGCAAUGCCGGUUCUGUUGUGAGGCUGACUCGAGCAAAUACACAGUUGGGUUGUUCUUGGUUUGUUGAAUGCAGCAGCGUCGAUGCUGCAGUUACUGUUUUGAAGAAUCUCCGUGGUUGUCCUGGGACAUUCUUUCAGUUAGAAUUCAGUUCCCAUCAUGCCCCACCUUACACAAUCAAACCCGAAGCCAGUGCCGUAGAGCUUGCAUCUCCAGGAAUAAAAAUGGAAAAUCAUACAACAGCAGUUCAAAGUGGACAUGCACUUCAGUUGAGCUGGGCUUCUUCUGGUCAUAUAGAGAUGCAUGAAAUUGGGGAGAGAAAAGUUGAUAAUCAUGAUAAUAACAUAGUAGUGGAUCCUCCCCAUGGAGGUGGCAAUGUUGUUUCUGGUGGUACUGAACAAUUGUGGACAUAUAAGAAGCCAGAAAUGCUCCAGCCCGCACCAGGGAGCAUUCCAUGUGUUCCCACAGCAACACAUGGGCCUACUAUCGCACCUCCACCUCAAAUUCAGGUGUCCCCAUACAUACGACCUCUUUACCUUCCUCCAAACAGUUGCUGGGAUGCACGGGGUCUGAAUCAUCAGUUGCCGUCAAACCUAAUUUCGCCAGGCAUGAUGCCUAAUAACUUCAACAGUAACACUGUUGCAGCUCCUUUUCUACCCGCUUCUGUGACCCCACUGGCGCAAAUACAGGGAAGCUCAAUGCAGCACUUUGACCAGAUGUUCUCCAUGCCUGCUGCACGUCCACCUCUGUCAUGCCCUCCACCACCUUUAUCAUGCCCACUACCACCUCUGCCUGGCAUGCCGCCGCUGUUACCUUCAUCUCCUCCUCCUCUACCUCAGUCUCAACCACCUUUUGUUCCUCCGCCACCUAGUUCUCCUCCUCCACUUCCACCUGCUGUGGAAUCUUCCAAUGCUGCAGGUUCUGGACAAAGUCUGCAAUACCAAUGGCAGGGCACACUAUGUAAAAGUGGAGUUCAUUACUGCACAGUAUAUGCACAUAGAGUAGAUUCAAAUAUUUGCAAGUACUCAAAUGCGAUUUCUGAGCCUGCAGAGUGGCCAGCUAAACUAGAUAUGACAAAACGGACAGAUUUUAGGCAUGUGAAGUCCACAUUUACUGGUACCCCUCCACAUAAAAGGGAGGUAUGUUGGCUGCUCCCCUCUUCUGCAGGUGACCAUAAAGGCUUUCAGGAUUUUAUUUCAUACUUGAAGCAACGGGAAUGUGCAGGAGUAAUCAAGAUCCCAGCUGUGAAGUCCAUGUGGGCAAGACUUCUAUUCAUUCUCCCGCAUUCGCAUGAUGCCUGUUCCAUGCUCUCUAUUGCGCCUAACACCUCGGAGUAUCUAAUUGCUUUGGCUUUGCCAAAAGAAACAAAUUUUGAAUGGGUUUAAUCUGCAUGAUCAUCUUAGGGAGCAAGUUUUGUUUACGGGAAGAGUGCCCCAUUUCCUGUGUCAAAUGGUGUAAUGAUUCUGCAGGGAAGCGUGUUAUGCAUCACAGGACAGUGAUAUUAUUGAUGGCAAAGAAACGGGGCUUUCUUAUUUAAACUCUGAUCGACUCCAGCUUACCUGCAAGAUGGAUCAUCUUCCCUGCAAUGGUAGAAGUCGUAGGAUUAAUAUUGUUAGCUGGUAGAGGAAGAGAAAUCACUGUCACCGGCUCAUUUGAUAACUUUGUACAGAGCUGACCUAGCACUAGAUAUAGUAUAUAUUUUCUUUUUUGGAGUUGUGUAGUAUGGACCAAAUUGCUGGUGGUUGCUUAAUACUGCAGUUUUUGUAGUUAUUUCAAAA